CAUUCUAUCUACCGAACAACAAUAUGAAGGACGCAGACAUUGUCGGCCAGUCAUUGGCCGAGGUCUUACCUCAGACCAACAAAUACUGGUUCCAGCACAAGCAUCUACUCCAGUUGAACCUCCUUCUUCUCGUCCCUCUGAUUUCGUCUUCAGUUGCCGGUUAUGAUGGAUCGCUUAUGAACGGUCUUCAAUCCCUCCCACAAUGGCGCGACUACUUCGGCAACCCAGUAGGAACCAAACUUGGCUUGGUCAACGCCGCCCAAUCCAUCGGCUCAGUGGUAGUGUUGCCCAUUGUCGGCUGGGCAAGUGACCGCUGGGGCAGGAAACUAGUCCUCCUCGCUGGGAUCGUUGGUGUCGUAUUGGCAACCAUCAUCCAGGCGACUUCAACGACACUAGCCCAACUUGUCGUCUCUCGACUGAUAGUCGGCGCAGCGGGAAUGCUUGUUGUUCAACCAGCACCCAUGCUCAUCGCUGAACUCGCAUACCCAACCCAUCGAGGAAAAUACACUAGCGCCUUCUGGACGAUGUACUAUCUCGGAGCAAUCCUUGCCAGUUGGACAUGCUUUGGUUGCGAAAGUAUUCAAAGCAAUUGGGCCUGGCGUAUUCCUACCAUUAUGCAAGCAGCAUAUCCUCUGAUCCAGGCAGCCUUUUGGCUAUGGGUACCUGAAUCGCCUCGUUGGUUGGUCGCACAGGAUCGUGCACCCGAAGCCAUGGCAAUCCUAGCCAAGUAUCAUGCUGGUGGAGACCUCGAUAGUCCUUUGGUCAUCCGCGAGAUGAGCGAGAUUGUCGAUGCCAUCCGAUUGGAGAAAGAGACAAAGACACCAGGCUGGGGCGCACUAGUCGAGACUCCUGGCAACCGCAAAAGACUGUUCAUUGCCGUGUUCCUGGGCGCUGCUGCACAGUGGAAUGGUAUCGGCGUUGUGUCAUACUACCUUACGCUUGUGCUCGAUAGCGUUGGCAUCACAGACUCAUUCACGCAGACCUUGAUCAACGGCUUACUUCAGAUCUUCAAUUUCGGCGCCGCUCUUUCCGCAGCCUUCCUCGUCGAUCGCCUCGGUCGCCGGACAUUGUUUAUCUGGUCGGGAUUCGGAAUGCUGGUCUCCUACAUUGUGUGGACUGCAUGCUCGGCAGUGAACAGUAUCGACGGAAGUAAGCCGGCAGGCAUUGUCGUGAUUACGGAGAUUUUCCCUUACAGCCUGCGCAGCAAAGGACUGACCUGCGAACUCCUGUCGAUCUAUGCGUCCCUUGUAAUCGCUGCCUUCACCAACCCGAUAGGCCUGGAGAAUCUUGGAUGGAAGUUCUAUAUAGUAUUCUGUUGUUUCCUUGUCGUCAUCCUUGCCGUCACUUGGUUUACGUUUCCUNNGGAAACCAAGGGGUUCUCAUUGGAAGAGAUCGUUCAAAUCUUCGAUGGUCCACAGGCCGCGAGAGAUGUGGAGGAAACUGAGAGAGAAGUCAAGAAAGGCUUCGAGGUCGAGGCUACUGAAAAGAUCGAACGAGUC